CAAAGUUGAAAGAAAAAGUGUGUCGCCCACCCUUUCUCCUCUACUUCCGUGGCAGCGCUGUGGGUUCACUUCCAACACUAAACCCUAGGGUGGGUGUAUUUUAGUAAUUUCGUAUUUUGUCAUUUCAUCUCUCACAAGAAUCUUCUGUCUCCGCGGCGGUUUCUUUUGCAACAGAAAAUGAUGAAGAUGAGUUCAGUAGCACUUAGGUCAUUCAAAUUCAAAUCCAAUUUUUCACUUUCAACAACAAGAAAUCUUUCUACUUGGUUAUUUCCAGGAAAUGGAAAUGCUAAUCAGCAGGUUAACAAGUCAGAGUCUCCUGAUGAAUUUGAGCAGCGGAUAUUUAGUCCUGGUGGAACUUCCAAAACUGAUUUCAUUUUAGAUAAGCUGAAUCAACAAACAAGGGGUCGAGAUAGAUCUGGUGGAAGUUCCCAGCUGCUGGAUGAUCUGGAACAAACUUUUGACACAUUAUCUGAUGGAAUGGAUGGGAAGCUGAAUAAUGCUGCCAGAUACUUUGAAUAUGAUCCUGAUGAAAUCGAAAAAGAUGAUUAUUCUUAUCGGUAUGACACCACCUUUCAUCGUGGAUCAACAUAUAAUACAAAGGAUCUUGAUCUAACAAAGCCUGCUGCACGAAAACCCCCCAUAAGAAAUGAAUUCGCAGUAUCCACCAAAGAUGUUCUUAGUCAAGCAGAUUUCAGGAAUGUAAGAUUCCUGGCAAACUUCAUAACAGAAGCUGGAAUUCUUAUCAAGAGAAGCAAGACUGGCAUCAGCGCAAAGGCUCAAAGGAAGGUUGCCAGGGAGAUUAAAACUGCCAGAGCAUUUGGCUUAAUGCCCUUUACGACAAUGGGUACAAAGACAUUUGUUUAUGGGAGAACUAUGGAGAAUCUCGAUGAUGACUUCUCGUACAGGAGUGAAAUUAGAAACAGGCCUAGUGAACUUGAUUUGGAAGGAGACAGCGUUUAAGGCAUCCAUAUUAAUGUCUAUGCAGUGGUGUUGAAUUAGCUUGCAUAAUCUUUUUUUCUCUUUUUUUGGUUUCUCUACCUUGUUUGAGAGACGGUUGAAAUUUAGCGAAUAAGUGAUUUUGCUAGUAUUCCUUGAUUACUAUGGUGCCUAUGUAGUACUUUUAUAAAUUCUAAGGCAUUGAGCAUUCUUUUCUAUCUGAGAAGUAGGAACUUUGGGGUCUAAUCGAGCCUAUUAUGUUGAAGCUUAAUGAACUGAAAGAGUGUUAUUGAAUACUCUCUUUAGACUCGUAUACAAGCAAAAGAGUUAAAUAUAUCUAGUCCCUGUAUAAAUUUUU